AUGGAUCCGAACUACAAUGGCAAUGGAAUGGUUUUUGGAGGAGACAAUAGUUUCUUUUCUUUUGACCCUUCAACGCUAGACCACCAACCUACCGGAGAGACUAUUUUAAACGACACCGAAGACGACUACCUCUCCACCUUCUUCGACAAUCCAAACAUGGCACAGCAAGUCGACGGCUUCGACAGCAUGUUCAAUCUUGGCGGCAAGUCCACGUCCCAAGGACCAUUCUCCGCAACACCUUUUGGCCAGAACAUCAACAACCUCGACCCUUCAUCGCUCGAUCCUUCCCAACCAGCAUAUCAAUCAGUAAUGCACAUGAACAGCAUGGCCGGACAUCAUCAUAACCAACACCACCAACAGCACCAGCAGCAGCAGCAGCAGCAGCAACCGAAUUACCCACAACAUGCUGGCUUCUUGGCAGACUCAACAUCUCAAACGCAUACCCAGACCAUGAACAAUGCAGACCUGAACGCAGCUUCCUCGCUGUACGGAUUCGCCCAUAAGAAUACACCUCAGCAGCUCAACUUCGCUCCAGCCAAUAGCGGCGGACAAGUCGCUGGCUCUUGGGGUAAUCUCACUGUCGCUCAAACCUCCAACAUGCCUCUCGGUUCUGGCAGCGCUGGCUAUUCCGACGCACCAAGUGCAGCUGGUCGCAGAACCUCAUUCACAGCACAUGCACAUCCACAAGCUCCGUGGAGCGGCAACGGCGACUUGUCACACGCUAGUCCGGCCCAGCACGUGCGUGGCGCAGACACUCACUUUCUAGCGCAGCCGCACAUGUUUGGCGUUGCACAACCACAACCACUUCCACGACAUCAAUCUCAACAGCGAUUCCCAGGCGUCGACUUUGGAAGUGAUCCGAGCUUCAACUCCAACACCCACUACCAAGCAGACAAGGUCCGCGGACCAUACGGACCACACGCAAUGGCAAACCAGCAAACCAACCAGCAAAAUGGUGGAGGAUCGUGGGGCACGUUCAGCGCUCCUGGCUUCAGUCGGCCUGCGGAAGACGAUGAGCUCAACUCUGGCUCACAAGCACGCAAGCGUCACAAGGGCAACGAUGACCGCGAUAGCGAGCACAGCUGGGACCGGCGCUCGGCUCAGCAUCGGUCGGAUGGCUCGCAAGUUAUCAAGCAAGAGCAAACCGAUGAUGAGCCCUCCAUGCUGGCCACGUCAGGCAGCGCCAUCAUCUCGCCAUCGGCAGGCAAGCGGCGGAGGCACACUGAAGGACAGACAUCUCAAGUAUCCAACUCUCCACCCGCCAAUCAAGAUGACGACGGCGGCGAGGCAUCGGCACGCAAGCGCGGUGCGAAGAAGCGUGAAAAUCUCACAGAGGAUCAGAAGCGGAAGAACCACAUCCACUCGGAGAAGAAGCGGCGGGAGAUUAUCCAACAAGGCUAUGCCGAUCUUAACAAGCUCGUCCCGUGUCUUGCCAAUGGCAAAUCCGGGCUCUCGCGCUCGGAGUGUCUGCACGAGAUUGGAGCGUACCUCGAAUCUACGCGCAUGGGCAACGCCAAGCUUGAGGAGAUGCUCGGAGACGACCUCGACGAAAACGAUCCAGCGUUGCUUGCUGUACAAGCCGAAUGGGCUGCUGCAACUGCUAGGAUUGAAUAA